UGCAGCUGCCGCCGGCAUCUCCGGGGCUCCAGGCUACGGGGCGGACACAACGUGGAGCGAUCCACAGCAGAGCCGCGCGAGGCCGCUGGAGCCCCGGCCUCGAGCCCCGAGCCCCGAGCCCCGAGCCUCGAGCGAGCGCAGCCGGCACCUCCCACCAGCGGGUCCCCGGACACGCCGCCGCCAGGAAGGCAGCAGGCGCCCAGCAAGUUGCGAGCGCGCCGAACUGCGCGGGGAAAGUUUCCCCCGCGGCUGGGAGUUGGCGCGGGGUCGGGCCGCUGCAGCUGAAAGUGACUCUUGUUUCUCUGAGGAGGGAAGCCUGCCUGGAACAGCCAGCCCUGCCCUUGGAACCUGGAUGAUCUCUGUUGGCAUUUGCAUUUGGAACUCACAACAAAAUGCGGCCCUCUGGGACUCCCAACCUGCAUCAGAGGAAAGGGCUUUGAAGAGUUUCUCCUGAAGCCACUGUCAGAAAGAAACCUCAAGAGAAUCUUGACAUCCCUGAAAGGAAAAGCUACUCGUUGAAAGAGGUGGGCAUCUCCUGGACAGCCCUGAGCUCGCAGUGGCCAGAGCUUCUACAUUGUCAUCAAAGCAACUCGAACCCUCGGAAUUCAGCUUCUAGAAACGUGGGCACAAUCCUUUUCCAGACGCCAGCCACCCAGGACAAGCUGGGCCAAUAAAAGAAAUAUACAGCAGCCCCUCUGACCAGGAGAGUCCGUCCUGCUUACGCCCAAAGAACCGCCCAGGUGGAGCAUCAUGGAAGGCGACUGUCUGAGCUGCAUGAAGUACCUGAUGUUUGUUUUCAAUUUCUUCAUAUUUCUGGGUGGGGCCUGUCUGCUGGGCCUCGGCAUCUGGGUCAUGGUGGACCCCACGGGCUUCCGAGAGAUCGUGGCCGCCAACCCCUUGCUCAUCACGGGCGCCUACAUCAUCCUGGCCAUGGGGGGCCUACUUUUUCUGCUCGGCUUCCUGGGCUGCUGCGGGGCCAUCCGGGAGAACAAGUGUCUGCUGCUGUUUUUCUUCCUGUUCAUCCUGAUCAUCUUCUUGGCAGAGCUCUCGGCGGCCAUCCUGGCCUUCAUCUUCAGGGAAAAUCUCACCCGUGAAUUCUUCACCAAGGAGCUCACCAAGCAUUAUCAGGGCAACAACGACACAGACGUCUUCUCUGCCACCUGGAACUCGGUCAUGAUCACAUUUGGUUGCUGUGGCGUCAGCGGGCCUGAGGACUUCAAGCUUGCAUCAGUUUUCCGACUCCUGACCCUGGACAGUGACGAGGUACCCGAGGCCUGCUGCCGGAGAGAGCCCCAGACUCGGGACGGGGUCCUGCUGAGCAGGGAGGAAUGCCUCCUGGGAAGGGACCUGUUCCUGAACAAGCAGGGCUGCUACACGGUGAUCCUCAACGCCUUCGAAACCUACGUCUACCUGGCUGGAGCGCUGGCCAUAGGGGUGCUGGCCGUCGAGCUCUUCGCCAUGAUCUUCGCCAUGUGCCUCUUCCGAGGCAUCCAGUAGAGGGCGUGAAGCCUGAAGACUCGGCCUGCCCACCAACCGCCCUGCACCCAGUGCCCUCCCCUCCCCCGCACCGCUCCCCCUUGGUCCCUGGGGAGGAGGUGAGGCCACCGUGAGUGGCCAGGAGAAGGGGCGGGGGAAAUAGCUAUUUUUUUAACAAAACAAAAUGACAAAAAUAUGAACUGAUGUACCCCACCUGGAUUCGGGGGUCGGGGCCGUGGGCCCUCUGCGCCCAGGAGGCGGUCUGCACCAGAGACCAAAGCAGCACCAGUGCCGGGUCCCCUCCUCGGCCCAGCGGGACUCUGGCAGCCCUCGGCCUGGGUCGCCUCCUCACAGCUUCGGAACCUGGUGCCAAGAAACCGAGGAUUUAGGCAACAAGGAGGCAAAAGCAAAUCUCAGAGCAAGGUCCCCACAGUCCAGGGGCCCCAAGGAGCCUCGGUCACCAUGUCCUUGAACUCAGAACCUACUCGCAAUCCUCGGUCCUCUGGCCGAUGGAGCUGUCCCUGCUCCUGCUCAGGCCGAGGGUGGGCUGCGGACAAGGGACCCAAGAACAGCCCAGCCGGUGGGGUCUUUGCUUUCCCUGCUGUCGGACCAGAUAAUCGGGAAGGCCCAGAGUCUCACCCGCACUCACACCGCACACGCGUGACACUCCGAACCAGCACUGGGUGGUCUCCGGGCUGCCUGUCACUCGGCCCAGCAGGCCUGCUGCUCACACCAUUCGCUGGCCUCAGCUCCGUGGUCUCCCCGGGAGAGACGGGGCAGACUGGCCAGGGCUGGUCUCUUCCCAGUUCGACAGCUAAGAAAACCCGGACUGUCCCCCCCACCCUCCCUCCCACCUCCUCAACUUCUCAGCCACCAGGAACACACAUGUACACACACCAGAGCCCCUUUUCCAAGCUGCCUGUCUCUCCUUGUAAGCCCCCCUCCCGUUCUGCACCAACCCCGGGGCACCUAGGGCUGGAAGGAGUCCCCUGAGAUCACCUGGUUCUCUCCUCACCCAGACCCACAGCCUGGGUAUCUUCUGUAAGAUCCCUGCCGAGACAUCUGCACCCUCUUCUUGCACACCUCCAGGGACGGGGAGUUUACUACCUCCCAGAACAGCAUCUGCCUUUGGUUUGCUGCCUUGAGCAUCAGCUCAAUACGAAGAGACUUCUGUUUUUCUGCAGUGCCGUCCCAGGCAGAGCCCUUGCUCCCCAAGUGUUAGAGGCCACACGUGUCCCCUGGUCCCCACUGUCUCCAGGCUAAGGAACUUCAAGGCAUCUCACCAUUCCUGCCGUGACAUGGCUUCCCGUCCCAUCACUGCCCAAAGCACGUUUCUGAGGCCCCUGCAGGCUCUGAGUUCCCCCACAGACUCACUGACGCCCGCACAGUGCCCACAGAUCAGCCCUCGUCACACAGGCCUCGAACUCUAGACCAGUGUCGGCACCUGGAUCACAAGAGGCCUCCACCCCGACCAGCGGGGAGCGGCCGGUGGGGUCUGUGCAGAGGAUCCGAGGUUUGUGCAGGGCCCGGAGGGAGGGGCAGUGUAAUCCCAGCUCGUGAUGUCCGCCAGGCACCUGAAGCUUGACCAGAGCUGUCUGCCACGGGCGUGGGAGGGGUGCUGCGGUGCCUGUCCUCCUCUCCACCGUCUCUCUUCAGGGUCUGGGGCAAGGCCCUGUGCCAGCUUCCAGUCCCCACUCCUGCCGUCCAGCCACUGGGGGAGAGAGCUUUGGCCCAGGGCCCAGUGCACUGCUGCUCCGCCACCAGCCCACUUCUGAGAUUGGGUUAGACCUCCCGCCUCUCCCUUCCUCCCUCCCCACUACCUCUGUUCCCAACUGGGUCUUUCCAGAUUGUCCCUGGAACGGCCUGCCCCGGCAAUUCCAUGAUGCCACAAGCUCCCUAGAAACUAGGCACCCUGGGGUCAGGGGGCCCCACAGCGGGUACCCCAGCCUAGCCUGAGAAGGGCCUGGGGCCUGCGGUUCGAGAUCCACCAUCUUCCUGGAAAAGCCAAAUGGCUGGUUUGAGGUUGACAAAAAAAAAAAGAGAUCAAACUGGGCAGCUGUGUGGCUCGAGUCCAGAGGUGGCCCCGGAGAAUGUGGGAUCUUGGAGGGAAGAAGUGGCCCCACUGCCCCUCCAGCCUCUUCCCCUCCACCUGCCCUGGGCCCCUUAGGAGCUCAAGGUCACGGAGAACCAUUCAGCUGAGGGUCUCACAGGGUGGACGUGAGACUCUCAGAGUUUUCCAGACAGGUGCCAAGGAAGGCAGAGGCUGGCCCUGCUGCCCCCCCCCCCCCAGUCCCUCUCUCAGGCUGGAAAGGGGGAGCAGGGCACCUGCCCAGCAGACAGCAUUUGCAGUGCCACUGGUGGGUGGCCAUUCUGAGGCACAGGAACAUGGAAGAGGAGAGCCCUGCCCUGAUCUAAGGAGCCUGUCGGGCUUGAGCCCGGCUAGGCUGGUCCAGGUAGAGCCCACGCAGGACAGGUGCCGGGGGCAGUUGUUGGCUAAGGUGGGGUGGGUAGGAACACCUCUGCAGGCUCAGGACCCGACAGUGAGGCAAGGGCCAGGCAAGGCCUCACACUGAGUUGGGUGCCCACCCUCUUCCUCCCUGCUCCAGAACGCAGUGCCUCUGGGAAGGGGGGACCAUCUUGGGGGGUGGGGCCCGUCCCCAGGCCCCCUUGCCCCUCUCCUACCCACGCCUAAGGGGCCCAGGCAGGGUUCCCCAAACUAGCUGAGGCCCCGGCACCCUAAGAAGCCCUCUUCCCCCCACCCCAUGGGCCCUACGUCGAAAGUCUAUUUUGAAAAUUGUAAAUGUUCCUUGCAGUAGAUAGCAGAGGUAAUUUAUCAUGUUUAUUUCCCGUGAGCCCCCUUUUGAUAUUAUAUAUCGAGAGUUUUUGUAAUAUAAAACAGGACACCCACACUGAUGGUUUUGCACUGG